AUGGUUCCAGUGUACGUGGCUCCUCCAAAAUUCUUAUGUUGGAACUUAAACCCCGAGGUGAUGGUGUUAAGAGUCAGACGGGUGGUCCGCCAGCGCAGGUCACCUGAGCUCCCCCUGACACCAGCGGCACCGCCGGCUUCUGUCUUCCCGGGGCUAGCAUACGGACUUCUCCACCUCCCGAACAGAAAUGGGACCGAGCCAGCUCUGCCAACUCACUCCCUCCAGGCAGGAGACGCCGGGUCCCAACGCCUUUCUGCUGGAACGAGACGCACCUUGGACCUGGGAAGAAACUUGCUUUCUAAGCCAAGUUCUCCAACCGCAUCUGUCUGGGUCCUCCGGAGGCGGCGUCACGCGGCGGGACAGAGCCGAGCGCUACGGGGGCUCCGGCCGCCCCCGGGCUCCCCGACCUUUGUUCGCCCGCCCCGCGCAACCACACGGGCCAGGCCCGGCCAGUCGCGAGCGCGGGUAAAGUUUCAGGGUAAUCUCCCGGGACGACUCGGCUGGAAACGGCGUUCCGAAAGCACCCCGCACGCACGCCCCUCCCGCGGCAAGGCUGCCGGAGGCGCCGGCAACACCGCGGGGCAGGGAGCCCACGCGGAGACCCAACAGCCCCGCCGCAUUGCCUGGGCAGCCGCCCCCAGCCGCGCACUCCUGUCCCACCCACCCCCCGGGCUGGGAGUUCACUCCAGGCGAAGGCCCCGAGGCUGCACCUCCGAGCUAAGGAAAACGGAAGGACUACUGCAAGGAGCAAUCUGGGGUCAGUGUCUGGACGCCACAGACAAGACUUUCACCUGGGGAGUAACUAAAGGUCCAGACUUGGCCGGGGACCCAGAAGUGCAGGAGAGCAGAUGAGCGUGAACAAGAUCAUCUACUGUUCACUCCUAAGUCGCCUGCGAACAACGAGGAGCAGGUCGACGAGACGAUGAUACUGCAGUAACGUGACACAUCAGAACACUGCACUAAGGAAUGUUCACGAAUAUUUGUACACUCUUCAUUGCAAUUUACUCUGGAUCAUUCUCUCUACCACAUGUUUUCUGCUGAAAGUGGCCUUGGCGGCCUUUGCUGAUUUCUUCGUCUACAGUGUGUUUGAUUCAUGAUGAGUCCUAAAUCGUCGACUUCCUCACUUUUCUGUCAGAUAUUAACAGAACUACUGUGCUUAUUAUUUAUUCCUUGUCUACCUGACGGGAACGAGUUCCCUUGCACGAAGAAAGCCCAUGAACUGGACCGUGAGGAGAGUGUGCUGGUGGCAGCAAGGAGGAAAUGCACGCAGUGGGGACUGGCCACCUGGAACACGCAGCCAAGGCUCCCACGCAGAGGUGCCAGGACCACAGGGCCUGGUGGAAUCCCAAAGGCUCGCGGGCCAGUCUAGCAUCGCCUCCUUUGCCCAGCAGCUAACGUGUUUGUGAUGCCCUGGAAUGCUGUAAUAUUGAUUUAAUGUUUAUGGGGCGUGUAAAUGAAAUCAAAUCCGAUUGAAGGGACACCAUCUGGAGAGGAAGCCCGAGUCCCAACUCAGAGAUCGUAAUUAGACAUGAGCGCAGAUGUAAUAUAGAAUUUUUUGCACACAUACGCACAGAAUUGCUUCUGUUUCACACAUUUGCCUUUAUCACAUUCGACUGCGUCGUGUAUUGUGUGUACAUAAAGGGUUCACAGAGAUGAAAAAAGCAGUUUCAAUUUAAAACAUAGAAGUGAGAAAGAAAAGACGUAAUCGUCAUUUGGGCCAUGAACAUUUGGUGAGAAAGAGAGAGAGAGGGAGAGAGAGACAAGACUGUUUCAAGAUGUGUAAAUUCCUCCAUGACAGCACUUUGAAUUACUCAGCGUUUCAGCUCCGGCACCUUGGUCAGAGUGACCGGCUAAUUCGAGCCUGAUGAAUGAGCAGCUUGUAUUUGAAGAAAGGGUGAUGGUGAGUGACAAAGAGACAUCGUCCACAGCAUGCUUUGGAAAAGGCCCUGGGUGUCAUCUCUCUGUGAGCAGAGACACUGGUCACACAGAGGAGCAUGUGGGACGCUGUGGGACUGGAGCGUGGGCGGCUGGGGCACCGUCAUGUUUUAUUCCGUUACUGGCACAGAGCGCACACUGUGCAGGACGUCAGUGGCAAGGACCUCCCUUGCGGAGUGCAUGGUCUGGGGGAGGCAGAGGAGGAGGUCACUGCACACAGUGUGACAGGGGUGACAUCAGAGGAAGCUGUGGGCAUAAGGAGGCACAGAGGAGAGCAGUCGUGUCCCUCACCAGGACUCACCUGAGUCCCUUGGCGCCUUGCCUGUGCCUUUUAAUGGCAUGUAUACCAGGGUCUGAAUGUGCCCACCCCCGUGAACGGGAUUAGCCCCUUAUAAAAGGGCUUCAGGGAGCCUGUUUGCCCCUUCCACCACGUGGGGACCCACAGGCACCAUCUAUGCCAGAAGGGCCUUCACCAGAUGCCAAAUCUGCUGGCACCUUGAGCUGGCACUUCCCAGUAGUUCCCUCCAGAACUGUGAGCAAAUAAAUUUCUGUUGUCUAUA